AUGCAAGAGUUCGACAGCCAAGUGAAAGCUCUGGUGGACUCCCGCGUGGCGACAGACGAGGCGCUGCUCAUCUACGCCUUGGUGGCCGCCCGCCUGCAGUUGCGGCUGUUCCGGCAGGAGGAGCUGGAGGCCCGGUUGGCGAGUCUUCAGGAGCAGCGUUCGCAGGCAGAGAGCCGCGAGGAGCAGAUGGCGGAGGAGGAGGAGACGACCCGCCGGGAGGAGGCGCGGGCGAAGGCGAAGCAGGAGCGGCUGCAGGACCAGCUGAAGGAGGAGGAGACCGCCCUUCGCAGGACCAUCAUUAACCUUCCUAUUGACCAGUACAACCACCUUCUCGCGCUUUACAACAAGCGUACCUUACCAAGCUCAAGGUACCUCGACCUCCCGAGCGCCAGGGGGCACCAUGGCGGGGGGGAGACGCCCUCGGCAGCGCCCCCUCUCAGUCCUACCGGAGGGGGUCCUCUUAGCCCCUCGGGUGUGUCCCCUGCACCGUCUGAGAGCGGGGCGAGUGGGCGGCGAGGGAGCACGCGGCCGUCAAGACCAGCCAGCGGCGCCUCGCACACCGACGAGCUCAGGUAA